AUGCGCUUCUUCAACCGCCGUCACGCAUCCGACGAUACUGUAGUAACUGCCGCAACACCCGCUACCGACGUACCUGCAACAGAACUCUCGAAGCAACAAAUCAAACGCGCAACGCGAACACGCAAGACCUGGGCCCUGAUAACAUCAUUUUUCCUCUUCGUCGCACUAGUCUUCCUCAUACUCGUCGAGAUAUCAAACAUCAAGAAUCAGAAGAUUAUCAAUGGCUGGUACUUCAUACGUCUCGACCUUAGCAACAUCGUGCCGGCAUCCGUACCGAAUUCUGCCUUGAUCAAUACCAUUGCGCAGACGUUGGGACUGCACGACUUCUAUCAAGUUGGACUAUGGGGAUUCUGUGAGGGGUACAUAGGCGAGGGAGUCACUUUCUGUUCUAAGCCACAGACCUUGUACUGGUUCAAUCCAGUGGAAAUCUUGAGGAAUGAGCUUCUUGCUGGGGCGUCGAUUAAUCUUCCCGCCGACAUCAACGACAUCCUCGACCUCAUCCAAUACGUCUCCCAAUGGAUGUUCGGCCUCUUCCUCACAGGCACCUGCCUAACCUUUGUCCUCAUCUUCCUGAUGCCCCUCUCCGUCUUCACCCGCUGGCUCGCGCUGCCCGUCGCCAUCUUCGCCUUCCUGAACGCACUGAUCGUAACCGUCGCAUCCGUUAUUGCAACUGUCAUGUUCAUCAUCUUCCGCAACACUAUUACUGGCGUGGCACAGCUGAACAUUGGCGCGGAGAUUGGAACCACGAUCUUCGUCUUCAUGUGGAUCGCCAGCGCAUUCACAAUCUUCGCAUGGCUUGUGCAGAUGGGACUGUGUUGUUGCUGCGCUUCAAGGAGAGAUGUCAAGACGGGACGCAAGAGGGGGAGUGAGAAGGCAUACCAUAGUGCACUGAGUGGUAUACAUCCAACGACCGCCGGCGCGCCGAAGACGGAACAGCCAAGGAAGAAGCGAUUCUGGCAGCGUCGCUAG